AUGCGUUUCAUUUCUCUCUGCACCAUCGGUGCUGUCCUGCUCCCUAUGGCCAUUGCUGCGCCAUGCAAGCCUGACAACCCUACUUCAGUGCUGUCUGCGACUACCACCGUUGAUUCUGAGGCACUCACAACUGCGACCGCCACCGAGACCGACUCCCAUUCUACUGUCACCAGUGAUGUCACCAGCGUUCUCGAGACUACCAUCACAGAAACUGCUACUUGGUCUGAGACUACCUCCUUCGCCUCUGAGUACACCACCGAAUACUCUGCGACGACCGAUGCCACAUCCAUCGAGGACUUCACCACUACCAUCACUGAGAUUCCCGAGCCCACCAACUUCAUCAAGAACGGCAAUUUUGAGGAUAAGAACAAUGCAGACUGGGAUUCCAGAACUGGAGGUAUCGAAAGUGAACCUGGGAAGGCUAACUCAGGCGAGAAGUACGGUACUUUCAAGCUUGUGAACGCCCAAGGUGUCGGAGGAAACACCCUCAACCAGACUAUCAACGACCUCGAAACAGAACGCCUCUACCGCCUCUCUUUCUCUGCUGCAGUUUUCGACGACCCCGAGCCAGUACUCGGCAGAACCAAUUGUGUCAUUGAAGCACUGCAAAACGAAAGAUUAAUUGAAGACUGGACACCUAACUACACGGCGCUCAACCAGUACAAACCUUUUGAGACGACUUUCAAGCCAUUUGAUGAGGAUAUCAGGUUCUCUUUCCGACUUCGUUGCGAUGGUCCCGAUGCGGUUACCUUGUUUCUUGGUAUCGAUGAUGUUUCUCUCUACGACGUUGGUCCAGCGCCUCCUCCAGUUCUGACUGAUUAA